GCGUCGUACUAUGCAAACAGUUCGUAGACGAAGCGGCAGUUUGUUGGACCUGGAGAAUGUGAUUCAGGAAGUCGACGAUGAAAAUCAGGAAGACGACGAUGAUGACCCGCUUGCCUUUCUCGCUGCCGCAAUCAAAUCCAAAGAGGAGCAAGGUGGACGCGCAGCGACUCCAGAUCGAGAUAAUGACGAAGAAGGAGAUGCUGGAGAAGACGUCGAAACACUCAUAAAAGGAGAAGGAGGACCACCUGGAGAAGAUCUUCAAGAAAAAGACGAAAGUGGAAGUACUAGUACUACAACGCAAUUACAAGGGGUUCUUCUUGCUGAACAACAGCAGUUCCAACCAAGUCAGGUGCGCACAGGACCUGCACCAGGAGGUCGAGGAAAGAAGUUCUUUGCUUCUGCUCGCAGUGGUAGUUCCAUCCUAGAUGAACCUUUUGAAAUCGAAGUGGUGGAACGUGCAGAACCGGUAGGAG